AUGGCACUGCCUGCGUGUGCAGCCCGGGCGCUCGGGCCGCCGCUGCAACCGGAGCGAGGAGCGCCCGCCCGCACCACCUGUCCCCGCCGGCAUUCCAGAGUAGAGGCCGAAUUGGCAGCGAGCCGGCCGGGAUCAGUCGCCGCCUCAGUCCGCGCGGGCCCUCCUAGGGGUGUGUCUCGCGGCUUCAACUCCCAGCCGCUCCUGGACGAGCCCCUAAAGGCGUCUUCCUCCCUGGCGGGAGCCGCGCGCACCUCUCUCUUCGCGCUGCUGCCCCGAGGCCGCCGCAGGCGGAUGCACGACCUCAGGAGACGCUGGGACCUGGGCUCCCUCUGCCGGGCCCUGCUCACUCGGGGCCUGGCCGCCCUGGGCCACUCGCUGAAGCACGUGCUCGGCGCGAUCUUCUCCAAGAUUUUCGGCCCCCUAGCCAGCGUCGGGAACAUGGAUGAGAAAUCCAACAAGCUGCUGCUGGCUUUGGUGAUGCUCUUCCUAUUUGCGGUGAUCGUCCUCCAGUACGUGUGCCCCGGCACAGAAUGCCAGCUCCUCCGCCUGCAGGCGUUCAGCUCCCCGAUGCCGGACCCGUACCGCUCGGAGGAUGAGAGCUCCGCCAGGUUCGUGCCCCGUUACAAUUUCAGCCGCGGCGACCUCCUGCGCAAGGUAGACUUCGACAUCAAGGGCGAUGACCUGAUCGUGUUCCUGCACAUUCAGAAGACCGGGGGCACCACUUUCGGCCGCCACCUGGUGCGCAACAUCCAGCUGGAGCAGCCUUGCGAGUGCCGCGUGGGGCAGAAGAAAUGCACUUGCCACCGGCCGGGUAAGCGGGAGACCUGGCUCUUCUCCAGGUUCUCCACGGGCUGGAGCUGCGGGCUGCACGCCGACUGGACCGAGCUCACCAGCUGCGUGCCCGCCGUGGUGGACGGCAAGCGCGACGCCAGGCUGAGACCGUCCAGGUGGAGGAUUUUUCAGAUUCUAGAUGCAGCAAGUAAGGAUAGACGGGGUUCUCCAAACACUAAUCCAGGUGCCAACUCUCCAUCAUCCACAAAGGCUCGGAACGCAUCUAAGAGUGGGAAGAACUUCCACUACAUCACCAUCCUCCGAGACCCAGUGUCCCGGUACUUGAGCGAAUGGAGGCAUGUCCAGAGAGGCGCGACGUGGAAAGCAUCCCUGCAUGUCUGUGAUGGAAGACCCCCAACCUCAGAAGAGCUACCCAGCUGCUACACUGGCGAUGACUGGUCUGGUUGCCCCCUAAAAGAGUUCAUGGACUGUCCCUAUAAUCUAGCCAACAACCGCCAAGUGCGCAUGCUCUCUGACCUGACCCUAGUAGGCUGCUACAACCUCUCUGUCAUGCCUGAGAAGCAGAGAAACAAGGUCCUCCUGGAAAGUGCCAAAUCGAAUCUGAAGCACAUGGCGUUCUUUGGCCUCACUGAGUUUCAGCGAAAGACCCAGUAUCUCUUUGAGAAAACCUUCAAUAUGAACUUUAUUUCACCAUUUACCCAAUACAAUACCACUAGGGCCUCUAGUGUAGAAAUCAAUGAGGAAAUCCAAAAGCGGAUUGAGGGACUAAAUUUUCUGGAUAUGGAAUUGUACAGCUAUGCAAAAGAUCUCUUUCUGCAAAGGUAUCAGUUUAUGAGGCAGAAGGAGCAUCAGGAAGCUAGGCAGAAGCGUCAGGAACAACGCAAGUUUCUGAAGGGGAGGUUCCUUCAGACCCAUUUCCAGAGUCAGGGUCAGAGCCAGAAUCCGAGUCAGAAUCCAAAUCUGAAUGCCAAUCAUAAUGUGACUCAGAAUCUGAUUCAGAACCUGACUCAGAAUUCAAGUCGGAAUUCGAGCCAGAAGGAGAACCGUGAAAGCCAAAAGCAGAACCCAGGCCAAGAGCAGAGUGAUGGCAACACUAGCAAUGGCACCAAUGAUUACAUAGGCAGUGUAGAGAAAUGGCGUUAAAUGGCUCCCAACGGCCUUUGCGUACUUGUCCCAAAGCGCCAGUAGAAAUAUGGCAGAUCUUAAAACAUGAGAGUUUCCAAACACAUACUGCUUCCUUAAGUUUGGAAGUUAGAGAAAAAAGUAAAGAUGUUGCCUUUACAGUUGCCUUUCAAUUAAAUGUUAUACUGUGUGUGGGUAAAACAACUCUCAGUAUGUAAUUAAAUUGUCUCUUUUUGGUUUGUUGGAGUAUUUAUAAAAUCCAAAAACCAAACCAGACUUGCCAGAAAUUGCUGUUUCGAUAUUUUAAGAAGUGCUUAAAUUAGUCAUAGAGACAAAAUGAAAACAUAAAAUGUGGUCAUUCAACUUAUGGGUAAGAAACGGACUCCAAAUCAUUCACAAUACACUGUUAAAGCUCAAUCUUGGAAGCAAACAUUUGUUUCCAGGGGGGAGCGUGAAUAUAAACAUUAAAAAAAAAAA